UUUCCUCAACUCUUGUUUUGCGACCGCAGACCCCUUGUGCCUCGAUCGUCGCUCCCCGCAGCCUCCGCCGAAGCGCCAUGGCUCCAAGGAAGGGCAGCAGUCGGCCGGCCAAGACCAACAACUUACGGAGCCGGAAGCUCGCCUCCUUCCUUAAGGACUUCGACCGUGAAGUGGAAAUGCGAAUCAAGCAAAUUGAGUCGGACAGGCAGAACCUCCUCAAGGAAGUGGAUAAUCUCUACAACAUCGAAAUCCUGCGUCUCCCCAAGGCGCUGCGCGAGAUGAACUGGCUCGACUACUUCGCCCUUGGAGGAAACAAACAGGCCCUGGAAGAAGCAGCAACAGCUGACCUGGAUAUCACUGAAAUAAACAAACUAACAGCAGAAGCUAUUCAGACACCCCUGAAAUCUGCCAAAACACGUAAGGUAAUGCAAGUGGAUGAAAUGAUAGUGGAAGAGGAAGGAGAAGAAAAUAAAUGUAAGAAUCCUCAAACCACAAGAGUCAAAAGGUGUCCUCCAUCCAAGAAGAGAACCCAGUCUGUACAAGGGAAAAGCAAAAGGAAAAGGUCAAGCCGUGGUAAUAUUAUAACCCCAGCUAUGGGCCGAAUGGAGAUGUCCUUGGUAAAACCAACUCCAGGCCUGACACCCAGGUUUGAUUCAAGGGUGUUCAAGACCCCUGGCCUGCGGACUCCAGCCGUAGGAGAGCGGAUUUACAAUAUCUCCGGGAAUGGCAGCCCUCUUGCUGACAGCAAAGAGAUCUUCCUCACUGUGCCGGUCGGGGGCGGAGAGAGCAUGCGAUUACUGGCCAGUGACUUGCAGAGGUUCGAUAUUGCACAACUGGAUCCAGAGGCCUUGGGGUCCAUCAAGAAGCUCUCCAGCCGUCUUGCCCAAAUGUGCAACAGCAUACGGACCCACAAGUGAGAAGCCAAACUUGACCAGAUGGACUUUGAAUGGGCACUUCUGGGACCCUGAAGAGAAUUCUUCCCUUCGGGCUUAUCGUUUGUGUGUGAAGUUCCAAAAUAGGGAGGAGGCUCCUCUGGGGGGAUUCAGGAAGGGGGAAACACACAUGAAAUCCCACAUCUGGUAGAUAAAGCUUUGCUGUUCA